AUGGAAUCAAUGUCAUUUAAGGACCCUAUGAUGCUCGCUGAAUAAAGCUCUGGGUAUCUAAAGAGCAUAUUCAGAGGAACCAAGAUUUAUGAUUAUGAUACCAGAAUUGAUUAGUACAAUUGGUAUGCUUUGUACAUUAUUCAGGUAGCAUUCUAUUUCACUCUCUAGGCUCUCGUAAGAAAGUUUGCUCCUCCCCCAGGAGACAUUAAGGUAUUUAAGGAAAAAAAGAAGAUGAACGACUAUCAUUUUUAUUAUUUCUAAUAUCCAACUUUCGUUCAUGCAAUUAUCGGAUGCAUUGCAGGUUAUAGAUAUGAUCAGCCUAACCAUUUAUAUCAUUAGAUACUAAUGGUUCAUUCCUUCGCAUAUUUCACAUUCGACUCAAUCAUUGAAAUUUAUUACGGGACAGAUGAUGCCUUAACAAAUGCUCAUCAUUUAGUUGUAUUGAUCGCCUCAUUCACGCAUGUCAAAAAUAGUUUUGGUGGGUUUGAGUAUAUUGUAUUACACUUAAUAACAGAGAUUUCAAACCCUUUUUUAAUCAUAAGGACUGUUUUAAAAAUUUGUGGAAUGAAAGAAACUAUGAUUUAUGCUGUAAACGAUAUGAUCUUUGCAACCAUAUUCUUAUUUUUCAGAAUGAUUGUAACCCCAUGUGCACUAAUCUACAUGUUUGAGGGACAUAACAUUCUUGCGGCUGAUAAAGUUGGAACUGCUGCAAUUCUUUUCAUUCAGCUAUUUUGGUGCUACAGAAUUCUUUAUCUAAUUAUGGAAAAAAUUAGAGAGAAUUAUAAAGACAAAACAGGAGCAUUUAAUGAACCUUUAGUUAUUAGAAUAUUGUUCAACAUCUUCAAAAAGCUCAUAUCAGAUAAAAAGGUUAAAAUAUAUGUUAGCAUCACAUAGUUCAUAUUGAUCUUCCUUAUUCCAUACUACUUCUACAAAGGUACUAUCUUUAACAACUAUUGA